AUGGAGUGUCGGGACGCCGCUGUUUCCUCCCUGAGCUGGGCUCUGAUCGUCGGGGGCGCCGCCUACAUGCUGCGCCAGACGCGGAGCCACACGCAUUACGGCCGCUACUUGCCGGCGGAGGGUCGCUGCUGUCCGGCCCGACUGGGCUGGUUCCUGCAGGAGGUCCCGGCGUUCCUGCUGCCGCUGCUGCUGCUGCUGCUCACCAAGGAGCCGGGAUGGACCGGAGACCGGACCGGGAGGACGCUGCUGCUCUGCACCUUCAUGCUGCACUACUUCCACAGGAGCUUUAUCUACGCCUUCCUGACAAGAGGACGUCCCGUCCCACUGCCCAUCGUCCUCGCCGCCGCCAUCUUCUGCUCGCUCAACGGCUUCCUGCAGGGACACCACCUGCUGCACUGCGCCCAGUUUGAGCACACCUGGCUGAGUGACGCUCGCCUGGCUGCAGGUUUUCUUCUCUUCGUGGUCGGAAUGAUCGUCAACGUCCACAGUGACCACAUCCUGCGAAGCCUGAGAAGACCUGGAGAGACCAUCUACAGGAUCCCCUAUGGGGGGAUGUUUGAGUUUGUGUCUGGCGCCAACUUCUUCGGUGAGAUCCUGGAGUGGUGUGGUUUCGCUUUAGCCUCGUGGUCUUUACCCGCCACCGCCUUUGCUUUCUUCACCGUGUGCUCCAUCGGGCCCAGAGCCUACCAGCACCACAGAGACUACCAGCAGAGGUUUGAGGACUACCCUCGCUCCAGAAGAGCUGUCAUUCCUUUCAUACUGUGACCGUGAACGACAUCUGA